CCCCCCCCCCCCCCCCGUGUAGCUGCGAUGGGCCUGCAGGUGCUCCUCUGUGUUCUUGCCCUCCAGGUUGUUAGGACCCUGGGCUGUCCGACUGGGUGCCGGUGCUACAGCCUGACGGUGGAGUGCGGCUCAAUCGGGCUGAGAGAGAUCCCAGCUGAUGUCCCUCCGACCACUCAGACCAUCUUCCUGCAGGAUAACUCCAUCGGUCAGAUCCGUCAGCAGGACCUGUCUCGCCUGGGCCAGCUGCACUACCUGUACCUGCAGAACAACAGCAUCUCAGCGCUGGAGCCCGGCGCCUUCCACAGCCAGCAGCAGCUGCUCGAGCUGGCCCUGAACGGGAACCGCAUCCACCUGGUGAGCGGCAACGUCUUCCAGGGUCUGGAGCACCUGCGCAUCCUCUACCUGGCAGGGAACCAGAUCACACGGCUGCACGACUUCACCUUCCGCGGGCUGCAGAGACUGCAGGAGCUGCACUUGCAGGAGAACAGUGUGGAGCUGCUGGGAGAGCAGGCACUGGCCGGCCUCUCCUCCCUGGCACUGCUGGACCUGAGUCGCAACAACCUGCGCACCCUGAGCCAGGCCUCGUUGCGCCCACUCGCCAGCCUGCAGGUCCUACGCGUCACAGAUAACCCGUGGCGUUGUGACUGCGCGCUGCACUGGCUGCGGAGCUGGAUCAACGAGGAGGGGCAGCGCCUCCUGAGCUCUGCCGAGCGGAGGCUGGUGUGUGCCGAGCCACCUCGUCUCUCUCACCACAGCCUAGUGGAGGUGCCAGGGAACAGCCUGGUCUGCAUCCCCCCCGUGGUGCAGCUGGAGCCCAAACACCUGACCGUGCGGCUAGGGGAGAACGUGCGCGUGUCCUGCCAGGCCUCCGGCUACCCACAGCCCCUGGUCACCUGGAAGAAAGUGUCUCAGACCAAGGCCUCCCCCAAGGUCUCCGAAGAAGAUGAAAGAGGUGGAACCAUGGAACCCAGCAAGGGGGUCCGGGGGGACCGCUUUGACCCGGACACAGGCAGCGGGAUGCUUUUCCUGAGCAACAUGACGGUGGCGCAUGUGGGCCGCUACGAGUGCGAGGCCUGGAACCCUGGCGGCGUGGCCAGGGUGACCUUUCACCUGUCAGUCAACCUCUCCUCCUCCUCCAGCCAGCGUCCCUACAUGCCGGUGGACAUCAGCCAGGAGCCUCUCUACGACUUGGACAGCAUGGACUUCAAUGCCCUCAGCAUGGCCACCCAGACCACCAUCGCCAUUGGCAUCUCCAUGCUGGCCCUCACCGCCCUGCUUCUCAUCGCCAUGAUCUACAGCCGGCACCACCACCGCAAGAAGGGCCCGAAGGAGGAGAGCAUCCUCUACGUCAACGACUACUCGGAUGGGCCCACCACGUUCGCCCAGCUGGAGGAGUACCGUGAUGAGCGGGGCCACGAGAUGUACGUGCUCAACCGCAGCAAGCCUGUCUUCCCGGCCAGCUACAGCAGGCAGCAAGGAGAGCUCACUCCAGAGCAGCUGCAGGAUCAGGCCACACAGACUGUGGUGCCGGGACUGGGGGAGAGGAGUGGGGAGGAAGGGGAGAGGGGUGAGGAAGCACUCUUCAUUAACCAGAGCCUGCUGUUUGACACGCACAUUGCCUACGAGAUCCACUGCUGAUGGACUGGUAGCAGGAAUUGCAAAGGCCUUUACUAAUCCCUGGGAUUAAAAGAAUAAUCUACGAGGGGGGGAGGGUGAUGGGGCCUGAUUGAAAUCUUUAAAAUCUUAAAAGGGGUUGACAAAGUGAACCCAAACCAAUACUUCAAGUGCAGCACAGAAACGAAGAUCAGUGAACACUUGGAUGGAAAUGAAGUGUAAAUAGACUGAACAGAGGGAAGAAGAUGCUUCUUCGCACAGAGAGGUGGGGGUAUGGAAUGGGUAGAUUGCUGUAUUUUUGUUUUUUAUCUUUAAAAAAAAUUUCCGGGAAUUUUUCGGAGUUUAUUUUACAUAUAUUAAAAUAAGGAUAAAAUCGGUAAUAAGUAGUUUUUAAUUGAAACAUUGGUAAAAAUCGGGAGGAAAUGAAGCAGAAUCUGUGCAAGUCGAAGCCACAUCCCAAGUUAGCUGGUACUUUGCAAAUGUUUGGGCAAUCGCUGUGCUGACAGAAACAGGAUCUACAGAAGGUAUGAACAUGACAUCAGCACAAAACAAGCCACGUUUAUUCGCUGUGAAAUCAUAAAAAGAAAAGAAAAUUGAUAGAACUGGACGGUGCAAGCCAUUUGGAGAUGCGUCAAAAAUCACACUGGUCAUUUCCAUCAAUGCAUUCCAUAAGUUUACCAACUAAAACCAUCACCAUUUUCUGUGAAAUAUGUACGAUUAAGAUUGUCGGCAUUAGGCAGUGUUUUAGUUGAUGGACAGAUAGUACUGUCGCACAAAGUCACCAAUACAUACCUCUCUGCAAUAAAGAGUGGCUGUCCAGCAAAGCACAGCGCUCUGACAAACUUAUUAACACAGUCAUUCUGCACUCUCUUUUUAUUAAAGCGUGUGUAAAAGUUGCAUAAAUGGAUUGCUUGUCUCUCAGUUCAUUUUCUUGUUUUAGUUUAAUGUGUCGCUUAUUUUUCAGUAUGUUCUUUUAUUGUCAGCGCGAACAUGUACCUCAAUGCAGCAGUAUUUGCAGCGCUAUGCAUCCUUUCGUGUAAGUAUUUCAAUUUAGUUUUUGAUCAAGCUAAUAGUUACUAUGCCUAGCAAUUGCCACAAUAAUCAGACUUUGAUUGGCCAACAUAAUCAGGUGAUAAUGUGUUUGUGAAGUCACAGAGAACCAUGUUUGAACGUUAUUUGAUCCUCUGAUGUCUAAACGUCUGCUGUAUCCUAGGAUACAGUGUAGUGCUGCUUAAUACAAUGUCAGAGUCAAAAUAAAACAGCAUUUUAAUCAAAAUAUUGUGCAUUUCCUAGAAAAUAGUACAGGAAAAAUAUUGAAUAAUAGACAAAAAUUGGGUAUAAAUCAGUAAAAAAUGACGUCCAGUUAAAAAAAAUCCUGUAAUUUUUCAGUAAAAUUCGGAAUAAACCGGAAACACAGAACACUAGGAAUGGGUUAACUAGCCAUGUUGUUGAUGCUGAAUCAUUGGGAUCCUCUACUGUGCUGGAUUAACAAAGAUCAUGCCCAGGCCACAUGCAUGACAUAUUGACAAGAUGAAGCAGGUCUGUUUUUUUCUGAAAAGGAUGCUUAUGUUACAGAAACCCCAGAAUCCUUGGUUUGUAUUCCAAACGCAACUGAAAGCUGCAAAUGAUUUGCUCAUGAUUACUCUUUCCACAUUUAAUGUUUUUUUUUGUUUUGUUUUGUUAAAUAUUUCCUGAGGAUAUUUGUGUUACAAUUCUUAUAAUUUCUUUUACAAGAAAAUAACUCUUUGAACAUUUGUCUUUUAUAUUGAAUUGAGUUGUGGAAAAAAAACUAUGGGGGAAAAAGUCCACUUUUAAAUAGUGCUGGGACGAACAUAGGUUUUUCAUACUGGAAUAUUUUUUCAAACUCUAAAGGAAACUUUUAAAAUUCUUGGAAAGUAUAAUUCUUAUUACAAUAAACCAAAUCUCUCUGGAGUAAAAUAAAGUGGGUGUCCCCUCAAAUAACCUAUUAUUCCUCAAUUAUGCUUUGUUUUUCUGUGCACCUUUUUGAUACAGCCAUUUAUAAAUUCUGUAACAUGAACAGAUACAAGCAUGGUCUUUUUUGACUCCAAAUACAUUUCAAGCAGUGCUUGCUGAAAUAUCUGAAUAACCGUCCCAGCACUACUUUACAAGGUGGAACAAAGUGGACAGUGUUGUGGGGCAAACACACAGUUAGUCUCAUAGGAAAUCACACAUUGUGCAGAACUGUGGAACAUUCUGUGUGACUUGCUUCACACUCGCUUUUAAGAAUGUCAGAUUCAUAUCAUUAAAUGUUUAAACUUUACGAUUUAAACAUGUUAAAACAAUGAACUUUACCACAGUGGGAACUUGGAAGCAAUCAAAAGAUGUCUAGAGAAGCCCAUCAUUAGAGUGCUGUUACUUUUUUAUGAUGCACUACAACAUUACAAUAACAUGCAUGUAUAACAUUAUUUAUUCAGUAAUACAUACUUACCCUGCACACUUCCUAUUGUAUAAAGACUAAAGCUGAUCUGUAGAUUUUGUCAGGCACAUUUUGACAAUGGUUAAACGUUUUGGAAAAAUUAUAAAACAUUUAAACGUUUCAACAUCCGUACUCUCUUUCAUUCAGUCUUGCAGCUUGUUAAACCACUGACUGAACGGUCAGUGAUAUUGCUGAUGUUUUUUUUUUUGUUUGUUUGUUUGUUCUUCUGAAUAAUAUGCUUAAAGUAUAAUGUUUUUUGUGACUAUUUCUGUUCCUGUUUCCUUCAGUUGUUGUUUUACUUCAUUUCAUUUCUAGACGAUGUUUAAGCCUGCACUCAUUGGUUACCGUAUCACUUUAAAAAUCUCUCUGUUUGCACCAAUGUUAGAGCCUAGGAGAACUGUGCUCUCACUGUUUCCACACACUGCCUUUAGGGUUCAUUAUACAGCAACCGGACGCUGCUCUUCCCUGGUUUUCUAAUGAGGUCAAAUGAUCUGUUAUUACUCAGUAACAGAACAUGGCCAGGAUGGCACUAAUUAAUGGCAUCUGAUGCCAUGGAUGCUCGUUAACUCUUUCAGUGGACUAAAAUCAUUACUUUAUACAAACAAAGGUAAAUAAAUAACUCCAGUAUCGGGA